GGAGGGAGUGAGUGGUAAUAUUUUGGCCCGGAACCAUAUAGCUCGGAACCAUAUGGUUCCGUCCCCUCGGCUGACGCAACCAUUAGUCUAACUGCUGCUCACGUGGUCGGUAUGCCACUUUAAUAACUGCUCAGAUACCUCGUAAGUACCUUAAGUCGCCUGUUUGAGCUACAUAUUUAGUUCAAGACGUGUUGAACGUUUUGACCCAAAAUGGCCGAGGCUUUCACCCUGUUUCUUCUGACUGGGAUGCUGCUGUGUGGACUGCUGCUCCACACGAUGUCUCAACAUGGAGCCAGGGGUGAUAAUGGCAGUAAGAGGCCCAAUUUUAUCAUCAUACUGGCAGAUGAUAUAGGCUGGGGUGACCUGGAUGCCAACCGGCCUGAAGAGAAGACAAACAACACACCUUACCUCAACCUGAUGGCCGAGCAAGGACUAAAAUUAACAGAUUUCCAUUCCCCAGCCUCAACCUGCUCCCCGUCCCGAGCUGCCAUCCUGACAGGCCGCUACGGCCUAAGAAACGGGGUGACACAUAACUUUGCAGUGGGCUCUGUGGCCGGCCUGCCUGUCUCUGAGGUGACAUUGCCCCAGCUACUACAGAAGGCGGGAUACUACACCGCCAUGAUCGGGAAAUGGCAUCUGGGCCACAACGGACCAUAUGGUCCAGCUAACAGAGGUUUUGACUACUACUUAGGUAUUCCAUACAGUAACGACAUGGGCUGUACUGACAUACCGGGAUAUAACCUGCCCCAGUGUCUUCCGUGUGACACACCUGGACCUCAGGUAUUCAGGUUGAAGAGGAGCGCACAUGAAGGCUGUUACUCCAAAGUUGGCCUUCCUCUGAUUGAAAACAGCAGUAUUGUGGAGCAGCCGCUCAACCUGUGGACACUAACAGAACAAUACAAAUCUGCUGCAACCAGGAUUAUACACAAGGCAAGGGAGCGAGGAAAGCCCUAUCUGCUUUACAUAGCGUUGGCUCACAUGCAUGUUCCCCUGGCGCCCCCGCUCCCUCCAGGUGCCCCAGCCGCUGCUCACCACCCAAACGACGGCAGAGUGUACAGUGCCAGUCUGCGAGAGAUGGACGGCCUGGUGGGGGCAGUAAAGAGCGCUUCUGAUGACACAGACAAAAACAAUACUCUCAUCUGGUUCACUGGUGACAACGGUCCUUGGGAAAAGAAGUGCCAGUACGCAGGAAGUGUAGGACCUUUCAUGGGAAAGUGGCAGACAAGCAGAGGUGGAGGCUCAGCUAAGCGGACCACCUGGGAAGGAGGUCACAGGGUGCCGACAGUGGCCUAUUGGCCCGGGAGGAUCCCUGCAAACAGCACCAACUCCGCCCUGCUCAGUGGUAUGGACAUCUUCCCAACUCUUCUGUCUCUGGCAGGGGAAACACCUCCCUCAGACAGACGUUACGACGGCAUCGAUGCCACAAAUACCCUCCUGCAUGGUGAACAGACUGGGCAUGAGUUUCUUUUCCACCCUAACAGUGGUGCUGCGGGGGAGUUUGGUGACUUGCAGACAGUUCGAACAGGGAAAUACAAAGCUUUCUACAUCACAGGUGCAGCUGAGUCAUGUGGUGGUGCAACAGGAAGGCAGGAGCUCCAUGACACACCAUUGAUAUUUGACCUGGAGCGUGAUGAGGCCGAGGAAACCCCCCUGGAGGUUGGGACACCUGAAUACCAGGCAGUAGUAGAGAGGAUCGCCCGCAGGAGGGAGGAGCUAUUAUGGGACAUUGCCACCGACACGUCUGCGUCCGCAGCAGACUACAGCACAGACGAAUCAGCAGCGCCCUGCUGUGACCCGGGACAAGCUGUUUGCCGCUGCCACCCGCGCAGCCAACGGGGCGGGAACUGACGCACUGAAACACUCACACAAAAGGGCAAGAGAGAAGCGCACAGAUGGAAGCAAACAGAUGUGGAGACAAAUAUCUCCUUUGGAUGUGCUCAGCUGUUUGUUUGUAGAAUGUGUUGUUUGGGGAGGUUCAACGUCCAGAUGUGCAAACAAGCAGAGAGAGCAAAGAGAAGAAGAGGCCAAACUCUGUCAUUAGUCAGGGGGCAGAGAGGAGGUCAGGGUGAAGUAUUUCUAAUGAUUUGAGGAAACUAAGAUCUAUCAAACCAACUCUUGCCACAGUUUAUAGAUCAGUUUGUUGGGAUGUAAUUAAACAUAAGAAAAACACACUGUUCAACAACUAGAGUUUCAGGGUACAAAUACAUCAUUUUGUUAUUAUUUUGUUGAACAUUUGAUGAGAUUUAAACAUUCAUGAUGUAAAUCAUGCCGUCUUAAAAUCAAAACCAGACAGUGCAGAGAGGUUGAAUCACUUCCCAGCUUUAAUGAGUCUCUGUGGUAAAUGUCCAGUACUGAACAGCUCAAUGCAGCGUAAGGGUGUCCUAACAGUGCCACCUUUUGGCAACUGAAACGGUAUUACCAUGUUACUUAUUACAACAGUACUAUAUAUAAAUGUUAUAUAUACAUUAUACACACAGUAAAAAUCCUCAAUAUAUAAUUACGCAUGGUAAGUCUAUGCGUUGAUGUGUAAUACUUAAAACAUUUUUUUGCAAAAGAAUAUUUAAUACAUCAAAGUAAAAAUGACUAUGACUUACAUGUUAACAUAUUCAGCAUCGUGUCGUAAAUAAAAAGGUCUUCAGGAUAUCA